UCAUUACAGCAUCUUAGUUUUCUCUCUCGCUCGCUCGCUCAUUCUCGCUCUCUCUCUCUCUCUCUCAGAGAUAAGAGCUUUUGCAUUCGCUUCCCGCAAAAGAGUCUAUGCCUUACAAAAGACACGCGACUGGUCGCUUUACCGAACCAGAGAAGGCUGCUUUGCGUCCUGGUGAUGAGGCUGGUGGCGCACAGCCGACACAGCUUUGAAGGAAUCCCUCUGUAUCCGAAGAAACCGCCCCAGUAACGGUCAAAAACGGAGGGACAGCUGCAGGAACUGGUGUCGGCUGGGACGUGAUCAUUUCGACAAGAAUGCAUCUCUUCAGUGCCAUGUUCCUACUUGUGAUGUUAGCUGUCAUGCCCAAUGAGGCUCUUUACCCAAGCCCAGAGGAGGGCUGGCAGAUCUACAGUUCAGCACAGGACGCAGAUGGGAAGUGUAUCUGUACCGUGGUUGCACCAGCCCAGAACAUGUGUAACCGUGACCCACGCAGCAGGCAGCUUCGCCAGCUCAUGGAGAAGGUUCAGAACAUCAGCCAGUCAAUGGAGGUGCUGGACCUAAGAACAUACAGAGAUCUACAGUAUGUCAGAAACACAGAGAGUCUAAUGAAAGUGGUAGAUGGAAAGCUGAAGGUGGCCUCUGAAAAUCCCCGCAGCCUCAAUCCAAAGGGCUUUCAGGAGCUAAAAGACAAGGUGAACCAGCUGCUCCCCUUGUUGCCAGUGUUGGAACAGUACAAGGCCGAUGCCAAGAUGAUCCUGCGUCUUCGGGAGGAAGUAAGGAAUCUGUCCUUGGUGCUUAUGGCUAUCCAAGAGGAGAUGGGGGCCUACGAUUAUGAGGAGCUGCGACAAAGAGUCCUGCUACUUGAAACCAGACUCCACUCCUGCAUGCAGAAACUUGGCUGUGGGAAGCUCACUGGUGUCAGCAAUCCCAUCACAGUACGUGCAUCAGGGUCAAGGUUUGGCUCCUGGAUGACAGAUACCAUGAUACCCAGUUCCGACAACAGAGUGUGGUCCAUGGACGGUUAUUUCAAGGGACGCCGGGUCCUGGAAUAUCGCACAAUGAAUGAUUUCAUGAAGGGCCAGAACUUUGUGCAGCACUUGCUGCCACACCCUUGGGCUGGCACUGGCCAUGUGGUCUACAAUGGCUCACUGUACUACAACAAGUACCAGAGCAACAUUAUCAUCAAGUACCAUUUCCGUUCUCGAAGUGUGCUGGUGCAACGCAGUUUGAGUGGGGCCGGCUAUAACAACACUUUUCCCUACUCCUGGGGUGGCUCUUCUGACAUCGACCUGAUGGCGGAUGAGAAUGGCCUAUGGGCUGUUUACACCACCAUUCCGAAUGCUGGGAACAUCGUGAUCAGCCGCCUGGAGCCUCAGAGUCUGGAGGUGCUGCAGACUUGGGACACAGGCUUUCCUAAACGCAGUGCUGGAGAGUCAUUUAUGAUCUGCGGCACACUAUAUGUCACCAACUCCCACCUGGCUGGUGCCAAGAUCUACUUUGCUUAUUACACUAACACAUCAAGCUAUGAAUACACAGACAUCCCCUUCCACAAUCAAUACUCCCAUAUCUCCAUGAUGGACUACAACCCCAGGGAGAGGGUCCUUUAUACCUGGAACAACGGACAUCAGGUGCUGUACAAUGUCACACUCUUCCAGGUUAUCAAGACUUCUGGGGACUGAGGACCCUCAGACUGACCCACAUAAAUAAUGCUGUGAUCAUUGUUCUGGGGGUGUCGGGGU